GAAGUUAAUUGAAUAUUUGGGCUCGUAGUGGGAGGCGCGUUGCCGCUCCACCCAGAUUCUCCCAAAAUUCUGCUUUUAAUGUCCCUGCCUCUCGAGGGGGCGGCAGGCGGCAGGCGAAAGCGCUCACAGCGGGGACUUAGAGCUGAAAUCUGAUCUCAGCUAUUUUUUUUUCACUCCCUCUGGAGCCGACGCGGUGAAUUGGGAGCAUUGGAGAGAAGGGGGGGGAGUACUCUGUGCCAAGCUUUCACGCAACGGCUGCACUCGCAAGUGAGCAGCACCCAGACCAGACUUCACUUGUGAACAGGCGGAGCGAGUGAACAGUUCCCCUCCGUCAGCGGAGCAGUACGCAGGAUACAUCGGUCUCUGUGCAAACCAAGGCGGGUGAUGAUCACUGGUUUAAGUCGCACAUGGAUGAUACUCUCACCCUCUGACUGACAGUGAAACACGGGAAGCGAGAACCUGCGCCUUUCCUCCGCAAUUUUUUUGGCCAUUUUCAGGACAGUAGCAAGCGCGGCAGCUGCUGAGUAGGGAUUCUCACAACUGAAAGUCACUGCGAGGUGGUGUGUUUCAGAGGGAUCGGUGCACCGACCGCAAAGCUCACUCUCGGGACUGGAUUUAAGAAACCUUCACUAGUGAUCAAUUAUUCUAAAUCAUCUUGGCCAACGUGCACCCAUUUUCAGCAACUUUUCAAGGGAUUUUAGUGGAACUAUCACAAAGCCAAGCGCAUGCAGCACAUGCAGUCGAAUUCGUGAUUCUUGUCUCUGAAGAGGGAUUAUUGUGGUAACUGUGGAAAAGCGUGCGGCGGGGAGUGUGUGUGUGUUUUUCCUGGAUCGUUCCCGCCGAGUCAGCAUCGUGGUGUGGUGCGUGUGUGUGAGUGUCGUCAGCAUGCGUCGGUCGGCGGGGGACGAUGUCUGAUUCUGGUUUCCGUGGUUACCUCGCUCCUUCGGGCAUGAUUGCCCUCUGGGUCUCUCUCCUGUUUCUUGUCACCCCUCCAUCUGACGCAGCCCCUCGAAUUCCCACCACUGCACCUACAGACUCUGUGUCUAGUGAGGUGUCGUUCCUGGAGGACUUGGUGGUCGGGGUGGGGGACAACCUGGACCUCCCCUGUAGCCCUGAUGACUACGCCAUACCCGUCGUGUGGCACAAGGACGGCGUCGCCCUGUCGCCUAGCAACCGCACCCGCAUCGGCCAACGGGUGCUACGUGUCAUCAACGUCUCCUACGACGACGCCGGGGUCUAUUCCUGCAUGCACGCCCAUGGCAACAUGCUGCUGAGCAACUAUACCAUUAAAGUAACAGAUUCUCUGUCAUCUGGCGACGACGAAGACUACGAUGAAGACUCGGACUACUCAGCAGGUAAUGGCAAUGAAGCCCCAUACUGGACACGCCCCGACCGAAUGGAGAAGAAGCUAUUGGCUGUCCCAGCGGCUAAUACAGUCAGAUUCCGCUGUGCUGCCACGGGCAACCCCAUGCCCACAAUCCACUGGCUGAAGAAUGGGAAGGAGUUCAAAGGUGAACAACGGAUGGGCGGGAUCAAGCUGCGGCACCAGCAGUGGAGUCUGGUGAUGGAGAGUGCCGUGCCCUCAGACCGGGGCAACUACACCUGCGUGGUGCAGAACAAAUAUGGCACCAUCACACACACCUAUCAGCUGGACGUACUGGAGCGGUCGCCUCACCGGCCCAUCCUGCAGGCUGGUCUUCCGGCCAAUCAGACGGUGGUGUUGGGAGCCGAUGUGGAGUUCCACUGUAAGGUGUACUCCGACGCCCAGCCCCACAUCCAGUGGCUCAAACACAUCGAGGUCAACGGCAGCCGCUACGGCAUUGACGGAGUCCCAUACGUCAACAUACUUAAGACUGCGGGUAUUAAUACCACAGAUAAGGAGCUGGAAGUUCUCUUACUGCCCAACGUGUCUUUCGAGGAUGCCGGCGAGUACACUUGUCUGGCGGGGAACUCUAUCGGCUAUGCCUAUCACUCUGCCUGGCUAACCGUGCUUCCAGCGGUGGAGCUGGACAAGGAGGAUGACUACGCGGACAUCCUGAUCUACGUGACGGGCUGCGUGCUCUUCAUCCUGGCCGUGGUCAUCGUCAUUCUCUGCCGCAUGCGCAUGCACACGCAGAAGACGCUGCCCAGCCCGCCUGUCCAGAAACUCUCCAAGUUCCCCCUCAAGAGACAGCAGGUGUCACUAGAGUCGAACUCCUCCAUGAACUCCAACACGCCAUUGGUCAGAAUCGCCCGCCUGUCAUCCAGCGACGGACCAAUGCUGGCCAACGUCUCCGAGCUGGAGCUCCCGGCGGACCCCAAGUGGGAGUUUUCCAGGACCAGGCUGACACUCGGGAAACCCCUCGGAGAAGGCUGCUUUGGGCAGGUGGUGAUGGCCGAAGCUAUAGGCAUCGACAAGGAGAAGCCCAACAAGCCCCUCACGGUGGCAGUCAAGAUGCUCAAAGAUGAUGCGACAGAUAAAGACCUGUCAGAUCUGGUGUCGGAGAUGGAGAUGAUGAAGAUGAUUGGCAAACACAAAAACAUCAUCAACCUGUUGGGAGCUUGCACACAGGACGGCCCUCUGUAUGUGCUGGUGGAGUAUGCGUCUAAGGGGAACCUGCGUGAGUACCUGCGGGCCAGGCGUCCUCCAGGGAUGGACUACUCCUUUGACACCUGCAAGAUCCCCAACGAGCAGCUGACCUUCAAAGACCUGGUCUCCUGCGCUUACCAGGUGGCCCGGGGCAUGGAGUACCUCGCCUCGCAGAAGUGUAUCCACCGAGACCUGGCGGCACGGAAUGUUCUGGUGACGGAGGAUAACGUGAUGAAGAUCGCUGACUUUGGCCUGGCCAGAGACGUACACAACAUAGACUACUACAAGAAGACCACCAAUGGCCGGCUGCCAGUGAAGUGGAUGGCACCCGAGGCGCUGUUCGACAGAGUCUACACACACCAGAGCGACGUGUGGUCGUACGGGGUGUUGCUGUGGGAGAUUUUCACGUUAGGGGGGUCGCCCUACCCAGGGAUCCCGGUGGAGGAGCUGUUUAAGCUGCUGAAGGAGGGGCAUCGCAUGGACAAGCCAGCCAACUGCACCCAUGAACUGUACAUGAUCAUGAGGGAGUGUUGGCACGCUGUUCCAUCUCAGCGGCCCACAUUCAGGCAGCUGGUGGAGGAUCACGACCGCGUGCUGUCCAUGACCUCUACUGAUGAGUACCUGGACCUGUCGGUGACGUUCGAGCAGUACUCCCCCGCCUGCCCUGACUCGGGCAGCACCUGCUCGUCAGGCGACGACUCGGUGUUCGCCCACGACCCGCUCCCCGACGCACCCUGCCUCCCUCGUCAUCACCAUGGCAACGGCGUCAUCAGGACGUAGCCCUCCACUCAGACCACCACCCCCCCCUCCCCCUCCACACACACACACACCUCACCUUGCUUUGGAGGAAAUGCUUAGUCAUCCUCGCCGCUCAGUUGCACCGUCAUAGGUUUUGAGCUGCAUUUAACCGAUGGGGGAAAAAAGGAGAGAGGAAAAAGGAACUGUUGCCAGUUUUUUUUGUUUGUUUUCUAUGUGAAGGAUGGACAUUUGUCUGUUUUUCUUUCUUCUUCCAGAUAUGUUUCUUUUUUGUCUGUUGUAGAGAAAGAAAAAUUCCUAUUUUUGUACUCGGCCAGUUUCUUAGAUCAUUCAGUUGGAACUUUCUGGACAGUCAUACCAUUCCGUGCCUAUCCAAAAAAGACACACAUACCAACAACAGCAAAUACACACUCAAAGGGAAUGAGCGGAUCUGCAAGGACAACCAAAAGUGUUGCCAAGCAACUGAAUAUUGUGGGUGUGUGUGUGUGUAUGUGUGUGUGAGUAAGUGAGUGAGUGUGCAUGUAUGUGUGUGUGUGUGUGUGUGUGUGAACGAGCCCUUUACACUUACGGCAAAGUAUAUCCUUUACUGCAAUAGCUGAGGCCAGAAUGGGACUAACCCACGUGGCCAGUUCUUCCCCUCUGAACCUCAACAUGCUGGCUCUCCUGGACUCCAGAAGCCUGAAGAGAGAGUUACCCCCCCUCUCCUUUUUUCUCUCCACGGAAGGGGGGAUAAGGCAUGAUGGAGUGCACAGUCCAUAAACGAGUGCAGAACUCAACUCAUGCAAUUAUUCUUCCUGAGAGAGAGAAAAAAAAAAAAAAAGAGUUUAAAUGUGCUAGGAGGUUGGACAAUACUUAAAGAUGUGUGCUUUUGUAUGUCCUGAAAAAAAAAGUUUUUAUUGUAAAUAUAUAAAUAUAGAACACUAUGUAUCAUAUUUGCAAUCUGCAACGGUGUACUUUAAAGAAAAAAAAGAGGACUUUUUCUUUACUGACAUUUUAGGAUUGGAGCAUUGCAAUGGAGAGAACACUGGUGAAGAUUGUGGAAACAUUUAAAUCUAAAAUGAUACAAAAAGGUUUUAUUUGAAUAAUUAACUUGUAUAUUUGUAAAGGUAUUUAUAGACAAUAACAUACAGUUUUUAAGGUUUAAAAGAUAUAGUCUAGGAUUUUGGUACUGUAACAUUUUUUUUCCAGAUUUUAAUUUUUCUUGUAACUUAUUUACAACGGAAGUGCAACAUUAUUUUCUCAACUGGUUUUUCAUUUUCUAAUUUUCUUUUUUGAUACAUCUUUUUUGUUUACAGGUGAAAGAAUGUAUGGAAAGUGUUAUUAAGAAAUCUCUUUGGAUGGAUAUGAAAACUUAUCAUCAGCAACUUAGAUACCAGAACAAAAACAUUAACCGUUUUAAAAGAAUCCAAGGAAACCAAAUGUUUUUUUGUUUGUUUGUUUGUUUGUUUGUUUGUUCGUUUCCUUCUGUUCUGUUUAUGUUAUUUUAAUUGUGGCGUCAGUGUUAUAUGUUUGUACAUCGAGACAGCUAGUGAGGUUCCCUAUGCAGGCGUUAAACCCUAAGGCUUCUGUUUAUUCUUAAAGACUGAACAGAAACUCACUGUCUGGAACAGAUUUCACUUAAAAGUAGGCCCUAAAGCACUUUUAGAUAUACUAGACUUAGAAAAAACUUACAUAAUUGUGAUAAGAAAUUGACUUUUAAUAUUUUAAAAUAUAGUGCCAAUUAGGAGAGAGUGCUUUAAAAUCCUGGCACCACAAUAAAAUGUAAGCUCUUCUUCUUGCCAAGGAUGCAUCUCUUUUACAUGCCAUCAACAUGAAAUGAAUGUGACUUAAACUGGCUAGGCUCUUUAAAAACAAAGUACUAUGAGAAGUCCAUAGGACAUGUUUGCAAAAGUUGUGCCUGGCAUCGGAAACCACACUGCUGCUCGCAAGUGUUUCUGCAUAUGAAGGAAGGUUCUGUGACCUAAAACCCUGAAAACUCGACACAAAGAACUAUGGAGUAACUAAAACAACAUACUGUAGGCUAGAGGUUUUUUUAUGUGAGAGAGUGUGUGUGUUCGUGUGUGUGUGUGUGUGUGUGUGUGUGUGUGUGUGUGUGUAUGUGUGUGUGCAUACCUACGGAUGCUUCAUCAAAAUAAAUUUAAAUGUUUGAAUGAAAUUGUAACGAUGUACAACGGAAACGUUCUGUAAAAGUGCCAAAAACUUUUCCAUUCUUUUUAUUUUUUUCUUCUUCCCAUGUUGCGUUCUUAAUGAUAAACAAUCCCAUGCUGCCUCUGGGCAUACUUUGGUCCAAGUGGAUUACAGGGGCUUCUGGGAUAGCUGUAACCCCCUCAGGAGGACCUGGGAGGUACAGAUGUUUACAAAGCGAAUUAGAAAUUGGCAAUAAUCAGGAAAGGAACAGAGGAGAGGAGAGACAGAGAGAAAGAGAGGGAUGGAGAAAGAGAGAGAGAGAGAGAUACACAUGCUGCUAGAACUGAAAAAUGAGUAAUAGAGACAGUAACGUUGGUCUUAAAUGCAGUAUGUGAUUUUUUUUGUUUUGUUUUGUUCUUGUUCCUCUAAACAUUUUAAUUGGCUAAUUUUUCUACACGCUAAGUGCCUGAAAUGUGACGUGUAGAAGAGACGAAGAAAGUAAGGGAGCGAAGGAGCGAGGAGGAGAGGAAGAGUAGCAUUAUCCCUGCUGAAUGGAACAACUGCACUUCACAUCCUGUUUGGAUUGGGAAGGGGGGUGUUAAUCUAGAUUAAUAGGCAAACCAAGUCACAGUAACAGGGCCAGAUUUUGAAUAGUAAGGAUACGUGGCACUUGUCUCGAAGGGGGAGGGGGUGGUGGUGGGGUGGGGGGUGGUAGGGAGCAGUGAGACUGAUGCUCUUAAUUUAUUUCUUCCAGGCUGAGUUGAAAAGCUUUCCCUAUGGCGAGAGUUGCUAUGACUCCUCAGAGAGCAGCUGAGGUUGGCACAGGUCUGGCCCUGGCAUGGCACGGAUCCGCAGUAGAUCUCUUCCAGAUUUAGCGGGCAUCUGGGUUCCUCCUGCACGUCUAAUUUGUCCUCCUGUCUUUUUAUUUUUUGUUGUUCCUUUUGCCUUCUCUCUCUUUUUUUUUUUUUGUCCGUGAAAGUACCAGUACCGAGGUGGUGGGUGAGUUCACAGGGAACACAGUUCCGUUUAGCAGGUUCUAAGAACAUCCCAGCAGGCAAUGCAACCACCAAUAGCUUUUGAAAGCCAAGGUGCAGGCUGUGUGUGAGUGUCUGUUGAACACUGCGAGGGAACAGUCAGUGAUGUUGCAGCUUCUGUUUACUUUGAACUCCACCCUCUCCUCUCCUCUACUACUGAAGGUCCCUCAGAGGGGUCCUCUCAACUGCCUGAUCAGAAACUCUUUUUAUUUAUUCUUAUUGUGAUGUAUUUAUACUAAUCUUUUUUUUUUUUUUUUGUUAUGUUUUGGUGGAUGGUAGCCAUUUUGUGACCCUCCCUUAAUUUAAGAUGGAGGCUGAGAGGGAGUGUGUUUCAGGUCAGUUAGGGGUCAGGAGGUUGUGAAUCAAGGUGAAUUCUCUGGAACCUUCUCUGAACAUCUGAAAGCUUCAAUGCUGGUUGGAAUAAUUAGCAAUACAGUGUGACCACCAUUCUUCCAUUCAUUUUGAUUUUCUUUUUUUGUUCUAUUUUCUCUAUCGUUUUCUUUUUUGAUAGUUCCACCACAGCUCUUACUAGACAUUACAAAUAUAAGUUGAAAUUAUAGGUUAAUUUGUUUCACAAACAGUUGCUGUACAUCAGAUAGAUUUAUAUAUAGGUGUGUAAAUUUGAUUUAAGAGAAAAAAAAGCAAUUUAGCAAGGUUUUUUCUUGAAAAAUCUUAAACUUUUAACCAAGCAAUGCAUUCCACGUAGAAGCUCUUUUCCCCCCAGAGUUUGACAGAAAUUAACUCACUUGUUUUUAUUAGAAUGAACAUUUUAUUUUUCUGUCUUUCAUUUGCUCUGACUUUAACAAAUUCAUCAAAGAUUUAAGAUGAUUGACUAACAGUUUGGUAUGAAGACAGUUCUUCAUCAUUGUUUCAUGUCAGUUUUUCAAUAUUUUUUUUUCCCUCACGAUUCUUCUCUCUGUUUCAUGAUCUCUCCGGAACAUUCCUUUUUGCUGAAGUUCCGCCAUUCCUCUGGGCGGGGCCAAAGCUCAAUACUCUCAUAUUAGUGUGUGCCUGACAAAAACUAUGCUGUCAAAACAAAAAAGGUGUUUAAAAGAACGCUUCAAUAAAAGAGUUACAAAAUGAAA